AUGAGGGCGGUCGGUCUCUUCGGCCGUUUCUGUCUUAAACGCGGAUUGCCGCGUCUUGCCCGACAACAAUUCAGUCGCCCGCCAUGGCCUCGGCAACAGCUGAAAGGCUCCCCACGAAGGGCCCCCAUCAUAGGCGGAGUGCUAAUGGCUGCUUUGGCGCCAGCAGCCUUCCUGAAACUGGCAGAAGAGAGUGAGGAUCAGGAAAAGACUGCGGAAAUGCAGAUGCUAGAAGCUUCACGAGAAGAGGUCAGGAAGACAGUUUCGCCUGAUGCGCACGGCCUCUCGAAGCUCUGCCAGACGAUAUGGGUGUACUUUUAUAGCUAUGUCUAUGACCCCAUUGCUACAGGGUUUCGCUUUGUUCACCUUGCCAUCAUAUUUGUUCCGGUCGUCGUCACGGUGCCCGCCAUCUGGCUUGGUCACAAGCGGGGACAGGAUGGCACGCGAUCUGGCACUUUAUGGUGGUAUCGGUUCUUGGUAAAGGCAAUGGAGCGUGCUGGCCCUGCGUUCAUCAAGCUUGGACAAUGGGCUGCGUCACGCACAGAUAUCUUCCCACCGGAAAUGUGCAACAUAAUGUCAUCACUCCACUCGAAUGCCCCCGCUCAUUCACUCCAUCAAACAAAGCGCAUCAUCCGCAAAGCAUUCAACGGGUUGCCAUUCGAAGACAUAUUCGAAGAGUUCGACGAGGAGCCGUUGGGCGUCGGAGCAAUCGCUCAGGUCUACAAGGCGAAACUGAAGCCAAGCCUUGCCGCAUCCAGUGAAGAAGAAAUGGGAAUUGGACCAUCCACUCUUGGCGAGAAGGUUCGUAAGAAUGUCGACGUCCUGGUCAAGAGUUCCCCGCAUCGAGUACCAUCAUCGUAUGUCGCGAUCAAGGUGCAGCACCCUAGGGUUGAACAAAUGAUACAUAGAGACUUGCGAAUCAUGUCUUUCUUCGCCCACAUGAUCAACGCCAUCCCCACGAUGCACUGGCUCUCUUUUCCCGAUGAAGUCCAGCAAUUCGGAGAAAUGAUGAAGUUACAGCUAGACCUCCGGAUUGAAGCUACUAAUCUGGUCAUGUUCCGCAAGAAAUUUCAUGCUCGCACUACUGCGUGGUUCCCAUACCCAUACUUAGAAUAUACUACCCGGGAGGUGUUGGUUGAGGAGUUUGCACAGGGCAUCCCGUUAGCCACCUUCUUGGAUAUCGGAGGUGGCGUAUAUCAGCACGAUAUUGCUAAUGAGGGCCUCGAUGCAUUCUUGCAUAUGCUGCUCAUUGACAAUUUUGUCCAUGCCGAUCUUCAUCCGGGGAACAUCAUGGUUCGCUUCUACCAGCGGAGCGAGCUGGAUCUCUCCCUCCGCAAGCGUUCGCGUGCAUUCGAUGCCCCUACACGGGCCGAGGUCGAUGUGACCGAGGCAGUUCUCAAGCGACUACGCCCGCAUCUUGGUAAUCCCGAGGGUUGGAACGCUGCUCUUUCUGAACUUAACGGCGAGGGGUAUCGACCGCAGCUGAUUUUUAUUGACACUGGCCUUGUCACUCAGCUGAAUGAUAAGAACCGACGGAACUUCCUCGACCUCUUCCGAGCUAUUGCUGAAUUUGAUGGAUACCGGGCAGGUCAACUCAUGGUUGAGCGAUGUCGGACACCAGAAGAGGUCAUUGACCCAGAGGUCUUUGCGCUGAAAAUGCAGCGUCUGGUUCUUAACAUCAAGUCUCGUACCUUUGCUCUCGGAAGUGUCAAGAUCGGAGAUAUUCUCAGUGAGGUAUUGACUAUGGUCCGCGGGCAUCACGUCCGGUUUGAAGGAGAUUUCGUCAAUGUCGUUAUUUCAUGUCUUCUCCUUGAAGGAAUAGGACGCAGUCUGAACCCCGACCUAGAUUUGUUCAAGAGUGCGCUCCCUAUUCUACGACAGCUGGGAUCUGGUAGUUCGGUCCUAGAAUCCGUGCGCUCGGGCGACUACUCAAUGCUCUGGGUUUGGGUCGGGCUAGAAGCUCGUGGGAUGCUGCAGGCCAGCAUCGAAAGCGUUGAGCAUUGCGUCAAGUACGACCAACUGUCACCUAAUAUAUGA